AUGUCCGUCGACGGAGAAGGUGAUGUCUCGUUGACUCAAAAGGUCCCCCCUACUCUUGACUCCUUAGACAAUAGGCUCAGAGAUAUGUUUGACAACUUUGCCCUCCAGUUUGACGCUAUGUCCAAGAGGUUAGUUGCUUUUGAUACCCGUAUUGAGGAGUUGUGUACCCGUGUGGAUGACGGUGAUACUGAGAUUAGGACAAAUUUCCAGCAACUUCAGGCGAAUAUCAACCGUGAUUUUAUAAAUAUUCAGAACGAUCUCUCUCAUCAACAACUAUGCUGUCAGGAAACCCAGAAAACCAACACCCUCACAUAUCACCAAAUCCAAGACACUGUCAAAACCCUCACUAGUAGAGUAAGCAUGGUCGAAGGUCAAUGUGCCCGUCUAGCUGCCCUGGAAAAUGUUGUCCGGAACCCUAUCUCUGUCUCUAAACCUCUUUCUACAACCUCGUACCCCCUAGCCUGUUCUCAAGCCCCAGCCAAUAUCAGCUACCAACCCCCUGCACAAACUUUCAAUAAUAAUAUUUCCGCUAUGCCUCAAAUUUCAAGUAAAGAUAGUCAACCCCUCUUACAACACUCUUUUAAUAAUUCUCAGCCUUUUACACAAAAUUCAUUUAAUAAUCUGUUCACCUCAACUACAAUUACAAAUUCACUUCCCACACAACCGGCUGCCCCGUAUCACACUUCAGUCUAUUCGGCACCUCAACACCAAUGUACAUUUUCAAACCCCCCCUCUGUCUCUGUUCAUGGUACUCACUCCCUCUCCAAUAUCUCUGGUAUCAAUUUGGAUUCAACCAAGUUGCCCACUUACAACGGACAGUUAACACCCAUUCACCCCGAAGAGUUCCUAGAACAAGCCGAACAAUAUUUUUUGACACAACCCCCCGUCCCCGACCAGUUCAAGAUCAACUAUGUAAAGGCGAAGUUUGUAGAUGAUGCUCAGCUAUGGUAUCACACGUUACUCCCCCCACCAUCGGUGUAUAGUGAGUUUCUGUUAUUAUUUCGGAACCAUUUCUGGUCUACCAACCAGCAACGUGCCAUUAGGAAUGAAUUAUACCGGCCAUAUUUUCAUAGGGACAAUUCAUCCCUCCAAAAGCAUGCUAUGGAUUGGAUUAACCGAGCCCGUUUCCUGAGACCCCCGAUCGAUCAAGCCGAAAUGGUUGACCAAAUUAUAUCCCACUUUUCAUUUAACAUUUCCGUCGCCCUCCGAGGUCUCCGUAUCGUCACAACUAAUGAACUCAUCCAACAGCUCUCCCACCUUCAACAGGCCCAUUCCCCUCAAAAUACCCAGAAUAGUCAAACUGCCUCCUCUCAUCAAAAUCAAAAUUCACAACAGAACUCUUUUGGCCACAAUAAUCAAAAUAGAUACCCUCCCCGUCAAAACAAUUACUCCCCUCGUUUCAAUAGUUACAAUAGACCUCAAACGGAUAACACUCAAAAUCAAUCAUCACCCCCAUCACCAGACCAGGCCAUUUCCCCUUCGGGAAACUAG